AUGACCCAGCUUUUGCUAACAAUAAUCAACUCCAACAACUCUUAUUUCACGAUUUGGAUCAUUUUUUUGGUGCAAUCCACACAUGCAGAUAACACAAACUUAGUUUACAAGGGUUGUGCAGAUCAGAAACUGCAAGACCCAUCAAGGAUAUACUCACAAAACCUCAAAGCCCUUUUGGUUUCUCUGGUGACACAAUCUGCACAAAGAGCCUUCUACACCACAACCUCUGGGGAUGGCCAGAAUGUGAUCAUGGGUCUAUACCAAUGCAGAGGAGACCUCUCAAACUCUGCUUGCUAUGACUGUGUGAGCAAGAUCACUGACAUGGUGGACAAGCUCUGUGGCAAGGUGGUGGCUGCAAGGGUCCACCUUAGUGGUUGCUACAUGAGGUACGAGAUUGUUGGGUUCAAGCAGGUACCUGAGACUCAGUUGCUUUACAAGGUUUGCGGGUCCAAGCAGGUGAGUGAUGAUGGGUUUGAUGAGAGGAGAGACUCAGCGUUUGCUAUGUUGGAGAAUGGAGUGAAGAGUGGUGGAAAAUUGUUUUACACUGGGAGUUACCAGUCUCUCUCUGUGUUGGGGCAGUGUGAGGGUGAUUUGGCCAAUGGUGAUUGUGGGGAUUGUGUGAAGAGUGCUGAAGACCAGACCAAAGCUGAGUGUGGUGACUCAAUUUCUUCACAAAUUUAUCUGCACAAGUGCUAUAUCAGCUACAGCUUUUACCCCAAGGGAGUGUCCACCAUGUCAUCUUCUCCAGGGAAAGUGGGGCAACAAAACACUCAGAAGACAGUAGCCCUUGCAGUGGGAGGGUUUGCAGCUCUGGGUUUCUUGAUUGUUUGUUUGUUCUUUCUCAAGUCAGUGUUCAAGAAAAGAAGUGGCAAGUAUUGA